CCGAUGUCGGUUAUGCUAUACAGUAUACACUAUAUACAACGGAAUAGAGAAAUUAAAAAAAAAAAAAGAAGGAAAAAUAGCAAACAAAAAAUUCACCGGCUAAAUCUCACGCAUAUUUAUCUUCUGUCUUACUCCCUUUCACGAAGAUCUAGGCUUCCGCAUUUCACUUCUCUCUAUAGUUAUUAUAAGUUUGUUGUCACAAUUAAAGAAACUCCAGUUUUAGUUUUAUUAACUUCGGUUUCAUGGACAAGAAGCGAAUCGAGAGCCCGGUCUACACUCGCCGAUGGAGUAGCGAUUCGGGGACAGGGAGCUCACUCCGCGCUGUUGAGUCACCUACAUUGUCGCCGGCGCGUCACCAACCCCACCACGCCCAUUCUUCCUCCGCGACUGGCAUUUCCAGCAUCAAGAGGACGCAGAACUUCGCCGCGAAAGCCGCGGCUCAGCGGCUAGCUCAGGUCAUGGCUUCGCAGACCGCUGAUGACGACGAUGAAGAAGAUGAUGGCGACGAUCUAGGUUUCCGCUAUAGUGCUCCUCCUCCUCUUGCACUGUCUAGGAACGCUAACGCCGCAGCAACGGCUGCUGGUGCCGGUAAUAGAGCUGCCGUUAACUCUACGAGGAUCGGGAGAUCUCCUUCACCUGCGUUAGCUCGGAACUUUGUAGAGGAAGCACCAACAGUUAGAUCAACAUCAGCUGGAAGGUCAUCAAUGUCCCUUCGAACAGCACCACCUGUACCCCCACCAAGUAAAACAUCACUGAGGACUGCUGCAUCUCUACCCUUGGAGCCUCCAAAAAAGGGGCAACCAGAGAAAAGAUUCGCAUCUGACAUUGGUUUUAACUCAAAAGAUACUGGAGAUCACCGUGAGGCUUCUGCACUUCAUGAUGAACUUGAUAUGCUUCAAGAAGAAAACGAGCAUGUGCUAGAUAAGCUCAGACUUGAGGAAGAAAGAUGCAAGGAAGUGGAGGCCAGAGUUAAAGAGCUUGAGAAACAGGUUGCUGCUCUUGGAGAAGGGGUAUCUUUGGAAGCCAAACUGUUAAACAGAAAAGAGGCUGCAUUGCGUCAAAGAGAGGCUGCACUUAAGGAUGCAAGGCAAACUAAGAAUGUUGUAGACAAGGAGAUUUUGUCUCUUAGAUCUGAAGUUGAGAAUGCUAAAGAUGAGGCGACUGCUGUUGUAAGGCAGCUUCAUGGAGCUGAAUCUGAAGUAAAAGCCCUUCGUUCAAUGACUCAAAGAAUGAUAUUGACUCAGAAAGAGAUGGAAGAAGUUGUCCUUAAGAGAUGUUGGCUUGCUCGUUACUGGGGCUUAGCUGCAAGAUAUGGUAUCUGUGCAGAUAUCGCAGUAUUAAAGCAUGAAUACUGGUCAUCAUUAGCACCUCUUCCUUUUGAGAUGGUUGUUUCUGCUGGACAAAAAGCUAAGGAGGACUUUUCCGGAAAAGGUGAUGAUGAGAAUGAAAAGAGGAGCAAACUUGUUGAGGAUUUAAAUGACCUCACUGGAGAAGGAAAUAUUGAAAGUAUGCUAUCAGUUGAAAUGGGUUUGAAGGAGCUUGCAUCCUUGAAGGUUGAAGAAGCCAUUGUGCAUGCAUUGGCACAACAGAGAAGAGCAAAUUCUGUAAGACUCUCAUUGUCAGAUAUCAAAUCACCGCGUGAUCCAAAGUUCAUGGAGGCAUUUGAACUGAGUCCAGAGGAGUCUGAAGAUGUUCUUUUCAAGGAGGCUUGGCUUACAUAUUUUUGGAGAAGAGCCAAAUCCCAUGGCAUAGAAGAGGAUACUGCCAAAGAGCGACUUAAAUUUUGGAUCAGCCGCAGUGGGCAUUCACCAAGUUCGCAUGAUGCUGUUGAUGUUGAGGAAGGAUUGAUGGAGCUUCGGAAAUUGGGAAUUGAAUGUCGUCUAUGGGAAGCAUCUCGAAAAGAAACAAAUUGAUCAGGACUAUUCCACUUCAAAGAAAUUUGCUAAAUAGUAGUUAAGAGAGUUCUUGAGAGGCUGCAUUGAGAUAAUGUAUUUUAUGUUUUAUAAAUGUAUUAAUUUUUAUUAGAGCAGCAAUGUUUGGUUGCAUGCUUGAUCUGAGAAUUGAGGUAUUGCUUCACCGAGUAAAUUAGUAAAAUGGUAGCGUUCCACUGUACAAUCACCGGGUGUGCGGCGUGUUUGAUUCAAUUUUGUAGUACUCCACAAAGAAGUCUGUAUGGUGGAAAAGUCUAUUUAGCGAAACUAUGGUAAUGGUUUGGUCGUACAACUCAAUAAUAAUAUAUGAAUAUGGAUGUGGAUCAGCAUUGAUGGGAUAUUU